GGCCUUCAAGGAUUAGUAACUUUUUAGUAUGCCAACUUUGAAACCAUGGAGGAGAAUUCUCUAGACGCUUGGUGAGACCCACCUCCACCCUCCCAAACUUGCCGUCAACCCCAACGAUACGAGGUCAUAAAUGAAAAUGCUUCUUCCCCCCAAAAUUCUUUAUAAAUCUGUCUCUCGAGGCCACCGUGUUGAGUUGAUUCCGGUUGCCCAACGGAAACCACAGAAGCUCGCUUUCCUUAUCAGGCACCAAAAUCUCGCCUCCUUGGGGUUAAGGAGCCCAAAUUCAUGGGUAGUUUUGUUGGCCAUGUGGCUCCUGGCUUUGGCUUCUUCCUCAUCGGCCUCUGGCAUCUCUUCAACAACAUCAAGAACUAUGCCGCCCACCCAAAUUCCUACACUUCCCUACCUUGGUUCCCUUCAAAAUUAUCGAGGUACUUCGAACUCCAUGCCAUAAUGCUGGGCUCCGCCGCAUCCAUAGCCAUGGAGCUCUUCAUAGGCCCGGAAAAGCACCAACCUUUUGAUGACGAUGGCACCAUCCCUUCCUAUCACCUUCAAAACUUCGAGCACUCCUCCAUCUCCUUAUUCCUCUUCAUCUACGCCUCCGCCACCUUCUUGCUGGACUUGCUCAAGGUCAAGGUCCACGCCGGGCUGGCCGAGCUGCUAGCCGGGCUGGCCUUCGCGCAACAGCUGCUGCUCUUCCACCUCCACUCGGCUGACCACAUGGGUGUGGAGGGUCAGUACCACUGGCUUCUUCAGAUGGUCAUAGCGGUUACCCUGCUCACCACGGUUCUUGCGGUUCCCUACCCUAAAAGCUUCUGGCUGGCUUUUGUUAGGUCCUUCAGCUUGAUGUUCCAAGGGGUGUGGUUCAUGGUCAUGGGCUUCAUGCUCUGGACCCCAAGCUUUGUGCCCAAGGGCUGCAGGUUGAAUAUGGAAGAUGGGCACCUGGUUGUGAAAUGCAUGGACGACAAGGCCCUCCAUAGGGCCAAGGCGCUGGUGAACAUCCAGUUCAGUUGGUACUUGGCAGCUGCCGCUGUGCUCACCUUGAUCUUCUAUGUGGUUAUGUUGAAGAUAUAUGGGGAGGAAGUCGAGUAUAAGAGGGUGGGUGUGGAGGAAGAAGAAGAGGUGAUGCAGAAGUCCCCUGACGGCAGCUUCCUUCAGAUUGGUAAAGGAUUCUCUGCAAUUCAGUUAGAGAGAUAAAGAGGGGCCACAGAAAAAAUGUUUGUAUCAUUAUGAGGGUGGUAGGUAUGGUCUCAGUCUCAGGUGUUUCAUUCAAUUUGGGGUAUUCCCUUUCUCUCAUCUAGGUUUGGUUAUUCAAUGGUAGUUGAUGAGGGUCUUGAAGAAGUUGUUGUGUAUAUAAAUGUGGUAGAAGGCAAGAAAGCUGCAUAAGGAGAGCGAGAAAGAUGGGUGGGUGUAAUAUUGUAUUGGUUGAGAAGUGUCUUGUUUGGAUUUGUUUAUGGGCAAUGAAGAAAUUGUUCAUAUUAAGUUUUUGACUUCUGUUGUGAAUUGGGUUGUAAGUCAGACCUCUUGCGUCAGUUUUAAAGGAUACACUUGUGGCUGCCUUCAAUGCUUAGGUAGACAACACGUUCAUUUGCUAGCGACAGAUAUAUAUUUUUUAUGUUCCACAAGUUUGUUUCUCUACCUUGUUACCCUGUUCAUCCUAUGCAGAGUAUCAAACUGAUGUUCACUUGAACAAAAAAGGGGACUUCCACUGAUUUACCCUAUCAUGCUUUAACAACACCUUCUUCUAUGUUAUCUACGGUCUCUUACAGAAAAUCUCUCAAAAUCAUGCCCACUUUGGUCCAUACUUGGUGAGAACAUAUCAGGUGACCAGUUAUGUUCUGGAUGGUCAAGAGAUGUAUUUCAUUCUACUGUCAUAUGAAAACCUUAUC